AGGCGCCGAGGAGGAAACCUCAAAGAUGACGCAGAAGAAGGAGAGGAGCCGUCAGCUGUGAAGAUCCGACCCGUCGGUCCACAAACAAACAGCCCGGCGAACCAGGAAGGGAACCGAGGAGGAGAGAGUCCAGUUGCUCGCGUUGCCAGUUUGGGGUUCAAUCCGAGGGCUCCCGUCCUUUCGGCAGUAUGGGGGAACUCUUCAGAAGCGAGGAGAUGACGCUGGCUCAACUCUUCCUCCAGUCCGAGGCGGCCUACUGCUGUGUCAGCGAGCUGGGGGAGAUCGGGAUGGUGCAGUUUCGCGAUCUAAAUCCUGAUGUGAACGUGUUCCAACGAAAGUUUGUCAAUGAAGUGCGACGAUGCGAGGAGAUGGAUCGCAAACUGAGAUUUGUGGAGAAAGAGAUCAAGAAGGCGAACAUCCCAAUGGUCGACACUGGAGAGAACCCUGAAGUCCCUUUCCCAAGGGACAUGAUCGACCUGGAGGCCACGUUCGAGAAGCUCGAGAAUGAGCUGAAGGAAAUAAACACCAACCAAGAGGCGCUGAAGAAGAACUUCCUGGAGCUCACCGAGCUCAAGCACAUCCUGCGGCGCACUCAGCAGUUUUUUGAUGAGAUGGAGGAUCCCAGCGUACUGGACGAGUCAAACACCCUGUUGGACCCCAAUGAGCCGCAGCGAGUGGCUCCUCUCAGACUGGGGUUUGUGGCGGGAGUCAUUGGCCGUGAACGCAUUCCCACAUUUGAGAGGAUGCUGUGGAGAGUCUGCAGGGGAAACGUGUUCCUGAAGCAGGCAGAAAUCGAAGAUCCUCUGGAGGACCCGAUUACGAGCGACCAGGUACACAAGUCCGUCUUCAUCAUCUUCUUCCAGGGAGACCAGCUGAAGAACCGAGUGAAGAAGAUCUGUGAGGGAUUCAGAGCGACUUUGUACCCGUGUCCAGAGACGCGCCAGGAGAGGAAAGAGAUGCUAGCAGGGGUGAAUGCUCGUAUUGAAGACCUGCAAAUGGUGCUGAACCAGACCGAGGACCACAGGCAGAGGGUCCUGCAAGCUGCAGCCAAGACGGUCCGAGUGUGGUUCAUCAAGGUGAGGAAGAUGAAGGCCAUCUACCACACCCUCAACCUCUGCAACAUCGACGUCACUCAGAAGUGUCUGAUCGCUGAGGUGUGGUGUCCCGUCUCCGACAUGGACUCCAUCCAGUUUGCUCUGCGAAGGGGCACGGAGAAGAGCGGCUCCACGGUGCCCUCCAUCCUCAAUAGGAUGCAGACUAAGCAGCCCGCGCCCACCUUUAACAAGACCAACAAGUUCACCUCGGGCUUCCAGAACAUCGUGGACGCCUACGGGAUUGGCAGCUACCGCGAGAUCAACCCGGCGCCAUACACCAUCAUCACCUUUCCCUUCCUGUUCGCCGUUAUGUUUGGCGACAUGGGCCACGGGGUGCUCAUGACCUGUGCCGCCCUCUACCUCGUGUUGAGGGAGAGCAGGCUGAUGGCCCAGAAGAACGACAACGAGAUGUUCAGCAUGGUGUUCGCCGGGCGCUACAUCAUCCUGCUGAUGGGAGUCUUCUCCGUCUACACGGGGAUCAUUUACAACGACUGCUUCUCCAAGUCCCUCAACGUGUUCGGCUCCGGCUGGAGCGUCAGGCCCAUGUUCACCUCGCGGCUGGGCGGCGGCAACUGGACGUUUGAAACGCUGCGCGGGAACAAAGUGUUGCAGCUGGACCCGACCGUAGACGGAGUGUUCAAAGGGCCGUAUCCCAUCGGCAUCGAUCCGAUAUGGAACAUUGCCACCAACAAGCUGACAUUCCUGAACUCGUUCAAGAUGAAGAUGUCCAUCAUCCUGGGAGUCAUCCACAUGCUCUUUGGAGUCUCCCUCGGCCUCUUCAACCACCUGUAUUUCAAGAAGCCGCUUAAUAUCUACUUGGGAUUCAUCCCAGAGAUUGUCUUCAUGGCCAGCCUGUUCGGCUACCUGGCAAUUCUGAUCUUCUACAAGUGGCUCUCGUACGACGCGAGGAUAUCCAAGGACGCCCCGAGUCUCCUCAUUGCCUUCAUCAACAUGUUCCUCUUCAACUACAACGACCCCAGUAACAAACCUCUCUACACAGGACAGAUGGUCAUACAAUCCCUCUUGGUGAUCAUCGCCUUGGCUUGUGUUCCUUGUAUGUUGAUAGUGAAAACUCUGGUGCUGCGGAGGCAGCACUUGUGGCGGAAAAACCUGGGUAGAGAGAACUUUGGAGGGAUCAGGGUGGGCAACGGGCCCACCGAGGACGAGGCCCAAAUCAUCCAACACGACCAGCUCUCUCAGCACUCUGAGGAGGAGCCUGAGCGUUGCCUUUUGUCACCUGCUGUCAAGGCCUGCGAGGAGGAAGAGUUUAACUUUGGGGAUGUGGCCGUUCAUCAGGCCAUCCACACCAUCGAGUACUGCCUGGGCUGCAUCUCCAACACGGCCUCCUAUCUGCGGCUUUGGGCCCUCAGUCUGGCUCACGCACAGUUGUCAGAAGUGCUGUGGACCAUGGUGAUGCACAUCGGCCUCUCUACCAGCGGCUUUGCGGGUUUCUUGGUCGUGACCAUCGUCUUUUUCUUCUUCGCUAUUCUCACAGUGGCCAUCCUUCUCAUAAUGGAGGGUCUGUCAGCCUUCCUGCAUGCACUGCGCCUGCACUGGGUGGAGUUCCAAAACAAGUUCUACUCAGGCCAGGGCUUCAAGUUCCUCCCCUUCACCUUCGAGAGCAUCCUGGAGGGGCGGUUCGAGGACUGAGAUUGGGCUACGCGUCCUCUUCUAAUUGAUGUUGACCUUCUCUGCGUGUUGUUGAAUAGUAAUUUUUCGUGCUUGUGAGAUGCAGUUGUCCCGAGUUACACUCCACGAGGUCAUCGACCUGACUGCCCUUUUGUUUGCCACCUACUCACAAAUAAAUCCUCAAUCAUUCCUCUGAGAAAUAGCAUUAACUGUAA